AUGGUAAAUAGGAUUGCCUUGCUUCGGAUAUACAAAAUGAAAAUAGCACAACAGAGCAGGACCGCUGCGAAAGAAGACGGAAUAGCGAAUCUCAUCGGCCAGUUCGGAAGGUGGCAGUUUCUCGUGUUCGCGACGGUGUCCUUAGUGAAGCUAUCCUCGGGAUGGGUGCAAAUGGCCAUUUUAUUUCUGACUCCCAAACUGACAUUUAGAUGUGCGGAGUUCGGCGACGCGUCUCACCAGAUCGUCGAGAACUCCACGUGCUACAGCGACUGUUCGAAAUACGUGUACGACGCGACGCCCUUCGAGAGCACCAUCGUGACGGAAUGGGAUCUAGUUUGCGAGAGGGGCUGGUUGGCCAGUUUCACGCAAAUGGUGCUGCAGUUGGGAAUUUUAAUCGGGAGUGUUCUGUUCGGAUUCCUUUCAGACAGAUACGGCAGAAAGAUCACCUUCCUGACGUCCAUUACUGCUCUCAUCCUGCUCGGAUUCGGCAUCCCUUUUUCGCCCAACUACGCGGUCUUCACGACGAUAAGGUUCUUCUGGGGCGUCGCGACGUCGGGGACUAUGGUCGUCUCGUUCGUGAUCGUCAUGGAGACGAUCGGCACGGAUUACAGGGAGAUGCUGGGAUGCCUGUUCCAGAUACCCUUCAUAAUCGGUCACAUGACGAUACCGCUUUUCGCUUAUUACUUUAGGACCUGGAAUUCCUACAGCUUAGCGAUGGCCGUCCCUCCUUUGAUUUAUAUCAUGUAUUUCUUCUCUUUGACGGAGUCGCCGAGGUGGUUGCUCAGUGUAGGGAGAGUCGAUGAAGCCGCGAGUAUCGUGAAGAAGGCGGCGGAAUUCAACGGCCUGCCAACGAAUAAAAUUGAAGAGACGUUGAAGGGAAUAUCAGAAGACAUUCGAUCGAAGUCUUCCAAAACUCUGGCCACUUACGGUGACCUUUUCAGGACCUCGCUUUGGGUAAAGACAGUUUGUUGCAGCGCCAUGUGGACUAUCGUGGGGCUGACCUUCUACGGAUUCAAUCAAUACAUCAGUCAAACCAGUCCGGAUCCCUUCGUAACCGUAGCGGCCGCUGGGGCGAUACAGAUUCCGUCUAACAUAAUAUCGAUUUGGUUAAUCAAACACUUCGGAAGGAAGCUCACAAUCAUGUUUGCCUUCAUUUUCGGCGGAAUCUGCGUCUUGCUGCUCGGGGUGGUUCCGCACACGUACGCGACGACCUUGGCCCUCGGCACCUUAGGAGUCAGUUCCACGGCUAUCGUCGCGGCGUCCAUCUACAUCUACACGUCGGAGCUGUUCCCCACCAUCGUGCGGAACAUGUCUCUGGGAGCCUGCUCCAUGUGUAUGAGAGUGGGGUCCAUGGUGGCUCCCUUCGUUUCCAACCUCGCGACGACGGCGCCGUGGUUGCCGACGGCGAUAUUCGGUUGCGCAGCUAUCGGAGCCAGUACUAUGUGCCUCUUUUUACCGGAAACCAAGGGCACUACGUUACCAGAUAACUUAGAUGAAAAUAUAGAGUCGUAG